AUGAAUAAGGACAAUAAUGGCUCUCCGUCAAACAGCCAAGAAGACACUAGAAACCAGCCAGGUAGAGAAAAUUCGGAACUAAGUGGCAAGAGCGUGGGACGUAGCUCACUAAUGAUGAAAAACUUUGAAAGCAGCGCUAGCCUGUUGAAGCUGGGAAUGAAUAGAAACACAGUCGGUAGCAUCCAAGAUCAAACGAACAGAACAAUAGAAGAUACAGUUAAAAAUGACGUACUGAGUAGGUUCGUAACAUCUAAAAUGCAAACAAACCAACACUUGGGAGAUGGGCAAAGAAGUUUUAAGGACCUACAAGGUGAAUACGUUACAACGGGAGGGAACACGAUAUCGCUGAACAAUAUUAAAACCCCAGCGCUGACAAGUAAUUUGACGAACAAUAGAAACGGAAGAAUGCUGAGAACAAGGAAAUCGAACAGAUUCACACCAGAAUUUGAAUCAGUAGACGGGCUUACCCCACCAUACAAAAACCACCUCACAACGGGAAACUAUAGCCAGUGCACACUGCUAGCAAAGCAAAUUCAAACAAUGCCGACAGGAAUGGGAAGAAGUUACCCAGGGAUUAACCACACGGAAAUGACAAAUUCGACGAGAGCAACAAUGCCGAUGAUGCACACAUACCUCACACAAAGCUCAGAAGAAAGAUACCCGAGAGAAAUAGCCGAAAACACAACCACACUUAUAAGAGAAGGCUUAGAAGAGAGAAACAUGACAACACACGAAGAAUAUGAAGAAAGUAAACAAAAUAUAGAAGGAUCAGACGAAGCUGAUCCGAAUAAUACAACGCAAUACUACAGCAGAGUGUUCGAAAACUCAGAAGAGUCGCUCUCACUCCUGAAGAAAAUGUUCGUGGCAAACAGUAACAGUAACAGUAACGCAGCAAAAACGAGUUUUAAAGAACAAGGUGAAGAUUCAGAAGACCCGGGGAUGCAGAUGGAUAAGUUUGAGUGGAUACCAAACGAACCAACGGAAGACAACCUCAUGGGGACGAAGGAAAACAUAGAGGAGCUGUUUGAAAAUAACUUUGAAGAGGACUGCGACGGAUACAUGCUCUCGAGCUACUUUAACCAGGCGCAGACGGACCUGGACGUUAAGCUGAUGAACCUGGCGACGAUACACGAGAGCCUGUACACGACCUCGGACACGGCGACGCUGAGGACGCUGGAAAAAUUCCUGCUACAGCUGCUGCAGCAAAAAAACUUCUACGGGAGCCUGACGCCAUUCGGAAAGUUACUGGCAUUCAUCAACCUGAGCUUCCUGAAAAGGCACAUCACACUACUGGACACACUAUACAGCCACCCGGAAAUGUCCGUAAUAAGGAACGCACUAGCAAACUCAAGAGGCCAAAUAGAGAAAACGCUAAACGCAUCAGCAGAUACACCUACUCUUAUAAAGCCAUGUCUAGUUAUAUGUACACACCACCUCAUACCUGAGGAGAUGAGUAAAAGCACACCGAUGGUCCAGCCAUUGGGCAUGAAAAAGCCAAAUAAAAAUUAA